AUGUUCCUCCUGGACCUCUUGGCUACCGUCCUGCUGGCCCAGGGGCCUUGGGGGGCUCUGGCCUUUGCUCCGAAGAUGGGCCACGUGGGCAAGCGGGGAAGCCUGGCAGACCGCCAGGGGCAGCUUUGGGCUCUGGAUAACCCGAGUGCCAGCCACUGCUCGUCCGUCCCGGCCCCCGACAGGCUCCCCUGCGGCCCCCGCCAAGUGCGACAGGCAGAGUGUGUGGGCCUGGGCUGCUGCUACAACCCAACAGAGAGGGCGGUGCCUUGCUAUUACGCCAACAAAGUGACUGCCCGCUGCACCCCGGACGGCCACUUCUCCAUUGCGCUCUCCCGCAACGCCACGCGCCCUCCCCUCCGCUUGGGCUCUGUGCGUCUGGCCAGCGGUCAGGGGGAGCGCUGCGCCCCAGCCUCCAGGAACAACGGAUUCGUCUUCUUCCAGUUCCCCCUGUCCGCCUGCGGGACCACCUUCAAGGAAUCCGGCAGCCGGCACAUGUAUGAGAAUGAGCUGGUGGCAGACAGGCAGGUCCUGGCGUCCCCGUCUGGCUCCAUCACCCGCGACAGCGACUUCAGGCUGACUGUACGCUGCAGCUACUCUGCAGAGGAUUCUCUUCCGGUCGGCAUCCAGAUUGCCACUCCGCCUCCUCCAGCUGGGGUCGCCGAGCAAGGACCCCUCACCCUGGAGAUGAGGCUGGCUCGAGAUGCCAAGUAUUCCUCCUAUUACUCCGGCCCGGACUACCCAGUGGUGAAGGUCCUGCGAACCCCGGUCCACGUCGAAGUGCGUCUCCUUGCCAGGACGGAUCCAGCCCUAGUCCUGGUCUUGCACAACUGCUGGGCCACUCCCAGCACAAACCCCUUGCAGAAACCACAGUGGCGGCUGCUGGAGGAUGGGUGCCCUUACAAGGGAGACAACUACCAGACGCGGCUGGUGCCCAUCGGGGCGGACUCUGGGCUGCCCUUUCCGAUGCACUACCAGCGCUUUGUGGUCAGCACUUUCACGUUUGUGAAUGGCGCUUCCCAACAGGUGCUCUCUGGGCAGGUCUACUUCCACUGCAGCGCUUCUGCCUGUGCCCCAUCCGCCCUUGAGAGCUGCCGCAUUUCCUGCAACAGAAAUCCUCUUGGCAGGAGUCGCAGAGCAUCAUCUGGGGAGCGCCGUCUCCCUGAGAAGUGGCUGACCCUUGUGACAUCGGACGGCCCGGUGGACUUCUUUCACAAGGACGCAGACACGGUUGUUCACGAAGCAUCCCCCAAAUCCCUCUACCCUUCGACCUUGAUGCAGUGGGACAACAUCCUCUUCCUGGUGGCCGGCCUGGUGGCCGUUCUGGCCGUGGGGAUGUUCUCGGCCGUCGCCCUGAAGAAGCAGCAGGCGGCUCUGGGAGGCCCAAACCUUCCUUAUGCGUGAGAAGAAAUAAAAUUGAGA